GCCCCUGGGUCUGGUCAUCUGCUUUGUUUUUGCUUCAUUUACCUCGAGUCGUUUCGGUUGAUGAAAUUCAGCUUCUUAUUGUUAUUGGUGCGCUGCCCGUGCAUUUGAUUGGAGUUCGAGUGACGAAAGUGCCAAGAGUCGAAGACAAUCAAUUAGAGGGUGCAUUACGAUAGGCGAUUCGAUGCAUCCCAUGAUGAUGCUUCACAUCGUGUUUUUAGCAGCCACUUUUACGGCUGCGCAGUGCUUUCAAUUGAACAUGACGCAGUUCUAUGAGAUGCCUCCGCUGUACGACUUGGAUGACUACGAUCGUUGCCUUCAGGAAUUGAGUGGCCAGAGGUCCACAUACUGCUUCGUCCGCGCGGAAGUCCAGCCCGAUGAGUCGGUGGCCGCCUGGCGGGCAAUUGCUGAGAUCUCGCAGUACGAUCGCCAUCACUUCGAUCACAGACAGCUAUAUUUUGGUCUCUGUCUGCGCGAGUGUGAGGCUUCUUUGGCCGGAUUAAAUAAUAGCGAACUGGAGGCCCUGCAAGCCGGCCUGCUGUCGGAAAAUGCGAAGGUGAACGUAUAUCUGGACUUGUUCUCGAUGGAAGCCAACAACCGCCAACGGCACCAGCGUUUGACGAAUACCUGCCUCAACUGGCGGCUGCAGCGUCGUGGAUUUGGGGUGCUGGCCAAGAGCGUGGUGGAGUACUGCGAUGAAGCGGGACAUCAGGUGGAAGAUGAUGCAUGGAACCUGACCUUUUAUGGGAUCUUGGGCACUCUACUGGUCCUGGCUUGUCUGGGAAGCUUAGUGGAUCUGCAUCUAAAGCGAGGCCGACAUGACAAAAUGCUGAAGGAGCGAGACCACUACAAGACACCGCCCAAGAGCACUGCGAAACAGGUGCUGCUCACGUUUUCGGUGGCCCGCAAUUGGUACCGACUUAAUCAGGAGCCAAGUGGCAAGAUCGGUCGCGAGCUGAGAUUCCUCGACUGCUUCAAGUUCUUCGCCAUGUUCAUGGUAAUCUUUGCCCACACCAACUGGGUGAUUUACGAGAGCGCCAUCAGCAACCCGCAGGAUCCGGAGCGACUGCUUCACACGGCGGCGGGUACUUUACUCGUUUCAGGAUCAUUGAUCACCGUCACCUUUUUUGUAAUCAGUGGCUUGUUGCUAACCAUUAAUUGGUUGGCCGUUUCUCGUUCGCUAUCAUCCAAAAAGGACACCUUGAGCUUCGGCCAGUAUGCCCUGCUCUUUGUCAAGUUUAACAUCUUCCGAUACAUCCGCUUGACUGUUCCAUAUGCCUUUGUACUGCUCAUGAGUGGCGUUUACUUUGAGAAUGCCGGAGGUCCUCUGUGGCGGCACAUCUUUGAGCGGGAGCAGUUGGCUUGUCGACGCAACUGGUGGACCAAUCUGCUCUACAUCAACAACUAUGUACGCACGGAUGAGCGAUGCCUGCUCCAAGGUUGGUACUUGGCAGCGGAUACUCAUUCCUUUGUGCUUAGCUUGGUGCUGCUGAUGCUGGGUCAUCGGUUUGUCAGAUGGAGCAAGCAGCUAUAUGCGGGAGUUUUGGGCCUGUUUGUGGUCUUGCCAGGGGUGCUCACAUAUGGCAUGAACUACUAUCCCAUUUUUGUACCCACGCCACAAACACAGAAGGAUUCGUUUAUCGGAGAUCGCCAGUUUACCGAGUUCUACACUUCGUCUAUUAUGAAUUUCGGUAGCUAUUUCUGUGGAGUUCUGGCCGCUUUGGUUUACGAUCAGUUGGCUCUGAAGCAAUACAAGCUACGAGAGUUGAAGGGCUUCCAGUUCCUCUGGUUCUCACUCAUUCCAGUGGGUAUUCUAUGGCUGUUUAGUGCUCAUCCCAUCUUCCAGCACUACUACGUGCAUCCGUCAGCAAUUUGGGGAGCUUUGUAUGCCGGCCUGCAGCGGAACAUCUGGGGCUUUGGCCUGGCAGCCUUCAUCGUUGGCAUGGCCAGCAAAGUGGGCUGGAUUUUCCGUAAGUUCUGCUGCUUGCCCAUUUUCCGUAUUUUGGGACGCCUCACCUAUGGAGCCUUUAUCGUGCACCUUCUUGUGGCGAGAAUCGUGUUGGCCACAGUGCGGGAGCCCAUUUAUUUUGGCACUGGCAUGAUGUUUGCUUUCAUCUUUUUUACGGUGACCGUGUCCUAUCUCUGCUCCUUCUUGCUGGCCAUCUUUCUGGAGCUUCCCGUCUCCUCCUUCCUUAAGCUUAUGAGGUAG